AACGCUCCCUUCUUUCUUCACGAGACGAGCUCCCGAAGUCUCCCCUUUCCCUGUCGACGGCGAAAGAGAUCUCCGUCUCCUCUACUGGGUUGUACGAAAAAGGAAAUGUCUGAUACAAAGUCUGGAUUGAGAAAACCAGUCUUUACAAAGGUUGAUCAGCUGCGUCCUGGGACCAAUGGGCACACCCUGACAGUGAAGGUGGUGGAUUGCAAAAUGGUCAUGCAGAAGAAUCGCCCAGCCGGACCUCAAGUUCGGCAAAUGCGUAUUGCAGAAUGCUUGGUUGGUGAUGAAACUGGAAUGAUUGUCUUCACUGCUAGGAACGAGCAGGUGGACUUGAUGAAGCCAGGGACCACCUUGAUCCUCCGGAAUGCAAAGAUCGAUAUGUUUAAGGGAUCCAUGAGACUGGCAGUGGACAAAUGGGGCCGUGUUGAAGCGACUGAUCCAGCCGAUUUCACUGUGAAAGAGGAUAAUAACUUGUCUUUGGUGGAAUAUGAGCUGGUGAAUGUCGUCGAAUAGUGAGCAGGCAUUGCAGCGACGCUACGGAAAACCCUGCAAGCUGACCAAAUCAAGAUAAAUAUGGUUGUUUGUUUGUUUUAGGCUGUUGGCAAGUGGUGUUUUUAUUCUCCAAGCGGGGCAGCUAGGAUAAAGCCAUUUUAGGACAACAUGGUGCAAUCAUGACCAAGCUGCUUGCAGGCUUCAACCUUGCUAUCCUGUGGAAGUCUUUGUCAACCGACAGAUGCUAAUUACACCUCAAUUUGAACUCUGUUUUUGUUGAUAAAGGUCAGUCCAUUCUAAGCUGUUACCGGCUGUCUAAUUCGGUUCUGUUCUAAUAAUGUCUAUGCCUAGACUUCUCGUAUGUUAAAUACAGAAGAAUAAAUAUCAAUGUUAUCUUCCAGUGA